AUGCCUGUCCAUGCUUCACUAUGCGUACAGACUACCCUUGAUUGCUGGGUUACCGGCUUCCGACGUAGGCCUUGCUUCUUGGAACGCCUCCCCUUGGAGCUAUUUCUCGAGAUCCUCGGUUACUUGCCAUUCGAAACUAAAUGCGUCAAACGGCACUGCGCCCCUUUCGAUCUUCCAUUAGCUGAAGAUCGAUCGCGUUUCCUCGACCCAGAGGCGAACGAUGUGCCGCCGCGUCUGGACGCGCUCUCGGUUUGCCCUGCCAAUCGACGAUUUGAGAACGGAUGCGAGGAAUACUGUUCAAAGGAGCUGUAUCCCUGGAAUUGGGUCGAGGUUACCCGCGUCAGUCGCGCGUGGCGUUCAGCUUGUCUCGAGCUCCAGCAGUUCUGGACCCGCGUGCCCCUCCAUACCUCGACUUUGGCUCGACAUGCCAUUCAACGAUCGGGAGAACUCCUCUUGCAAGUUUACUUCAGCGCCCAUCAAUAUCAAAGGCGUGGUUUAGGGGUCGCAUUCAACCUGGCGGCGGAUCGCAUACGCGAACUGUCGAUCUCAUGCAGUCGUAUAAUUUGGCAAGAUUAUGCGGAAAUGACGAGACUACUCGAAACAUCGCAUCUGCCUGCGCUACAAAGAUUACACUUUUGGUCUGACCCAGAUUGUGUUGCCAAUCUCCAAGGCAUUUUCAAAGGCCUUGUGCUCCCAUCUCUCCAACAUAUCGAGCUGGAGGGAAUGACGUUGGCCCGUUGUCCUAAUCUUCUUUCGCCCACGUUGGUAUAUCUACAACUGUCCUUCUGCCACGACAUUUGGAAGACUGCGCGAGACCUGGCGAAGACACUCAGGUCCGCUCCCUCCCUACGCGAGCUAUUACUGUUCGGCGAUCCCUGCUUUCCUAAAGAUAUGGCCAGCAACACCUACGCCCUUGUAGGAGAGCCCGUCGAUCUUCACCGCCUGAGAAACUUCCGGGUCAGCGCAGACGCACGCAUCGUUCUCAACCUCUUGGCGACGGUGUCCAUUCCUUUCACCUCAUCCGUGGGGAUCACCCUACAACAUACAAAACCGCUGGAUUCCAACUAUCGAGUUGCAUUCACCGCGUUCCUGUCGAAGCAACUGAGGCCCACGGCACGAGAAAUUCAUUCAUUCACACAUACACGCGUCCAGAUCGAACGGCAUAACAGCCCUGAAGGGAAACUUGGUCAUUGGAUACUAAUCCAAAUGGGUUGGGGCCCCUUCGGUUCUGCACAACCGUUAGGAUCGCCUCCAUACUUCACUAUCCAGCAUACGUGGAACGGCGCUGAAGAGCUGACGCAAGGGAUAGCGCAAGAUGUGCACUCUCUCAUGGAUACGUACAUGCCCGUUUUACCCUGCUCGAGCGUUGAGAGCCUCACUAUCGAGCCCUGGGUGUACUCAUCCUACGUCAAUAUCCUCGGUGGUAGUGACGCGUUCCUCCUCGAGAACCUUGUCCACUUCGCGAAUAUCCGACAUCUCGUACUAGCCUUGGACAUCGAGGACAUUCUCAUCUGGCUUUUGCGCGAUACGCAGUCCGAGCCAUGCUCUGAUUCGUCGUCAGAGCUGAUCUUCCCUGCAUUGCAGACUCUGGAGAUCCAAAACUCAUGCAUCCAAGCUGCCUCGGCCGAUAGGCUGAGAUCGUAUAUUCAUCGACGCCGAAAUGUCUUCGGCAGGCCAUGCACCGUCACGCUUAUGGACUGCUUUACACUCGAUGGGGAAGAAGGAGAACGCGAUUUCAUCAUGAACCUCCGUUCAAGGGUCCCGGAAGUGCAGUUUAUGAAUAACGUCGGCCACACGUACCCCGAUCUCGACGCGCCUUUGUCAGGUGUUCCGGAUAGAUGGUUCAUGUAG